CGGAGGAUUUGGUAAAGGCGAACACGGACGGUUGCGUAAAUUUCAUACACCUGAAAUCUCCAGUUAUGCAUCUUUCUGCAGGUAAUAAAGUGGUCGCGUUCAUCGAAAUAAUGGGAAACAAGUGUCCCUCGCUCGGAUGCAAGAUGACAAAGAUGGGAGAAGGAUCACAGGAAAACUGAAGGGUGUGGAGUGCAGGGAGAAGAUUCUGUCUCUGAGUUGCUGUGAUGCACAUAUUAUUUUACUGUCUGAAGAGGGCAGAGUUUUGUGCCUCACCCAAGCAUCCAAUGUUCCCAGCCCAGUGGGUAACUUGAAUCAGGUAAUUCAGGUUGCAUGUGGAGACCAGCAUUCCAUUGCACUAACCCAAGAUGGUAAAGUGUUCACGUGGGGCCAGAACUCCAGUGGACAGCUGGGUUUGGGGAGGGUAGAGCCCAGCACCUUGUCUCCCCAGCCUGUCAAGUCUCUGUCAGGGAUCCCCUUGGCUCAGAUCACCGCUGGGGGAGACCACAGCUUCGCCCUGUCCCUCUCUGGAGCCGUGUUCGGCUGGGGCAAGAACAGCGCCGGGCAGCUGGGACUGGGGGACACAAUAGACAGACCUGCUCCAGCUCCUGUUGAUUGCCUGAAUCUAAAGAAGACCGUUGCUGUUUCCUGUGGAGGGGAGCAUACUGCUGUUCUGACAAAGGGAGGUUUAGUGUUCACAUUUGGCUCAGGUCGAUAUGGACAGCUUGGACACAACACUCUCAGAAAUGAACUACGACCUCGACUGGUGGCCGAAUUCUGGGGGGCAAAGGUGACCCAGAUAGCCUGUGGAAGAAACCACACAUUGGCAUUUGUGGGAUCCUUCAAAAAUAUCUACUCAUUUGGGCAUGGAGAGCAAGGGCAGCUGGGAAAUGGAGUCAAGAUGGAUCAGUCUGUGCCUCUGCCAGUACACCUACCACAGGACCACAUUGAUGACCAGCAAAUUGAACAAACCUUUGCUGGAGGAAACCAUUCUUUUGCCUUGUGCAGCACUACUCAAGAAUCAGGAAGAGGGUUGAAUGACUCCAAUCUCGGAAAAGUGAUUCAAACAUUAGAUGAUGACAUCAUUAACAGAUGGAUCUCGGACUGUAACUCAAAAUCAUGGAAGACGAUA